AUGGAUAUGGGAAAUCAACUUCACGACCCAGCGGGGUCAUCUUCAUUUCCCGACUUGAUGAACGAUCCAGCUUUUGAUGAGAGGGAGAGAGGUCUCGAGGACAUGGAUACUUGCAGAAUAUGCCACGGAGAAGCCACUGUGGAGGAGCCGCUUUUCUAUCCGUGUAAAUGUAGUGGAAGUAUCAAGUUCGUCCACCAGAGUUGCUUGGUUGAGUGGUUAUCGCAUUCACAGAAGAAGCAUUGUGAGCUCUGCAAGACCGCCUUCCACUUCACCAAACUAUACGAUCCAAAUAUGCCCCAAAACCUACCCACACCGUUAUUCAUGAAGCAGGCCCUGAUUCAGUGUUUUGGAACACUGGUGACUUGGCUUCGGUUCAUACUUGUCGCUUUCGUUUGGCUAGGAUGGUUGCCGUGGUCCAUGCGAGCUAUAUGGAGGGCACUCUUUUGGCUUGCAGAUGGAAGGUGGUCCAGUCCUGGAAUAGGCUCUUCACAGCCGGCUCAGCUAGCGGCGGAGGGAGUUAUCCAAGACACCGAAAACGCAACAUUAGCAAGCACGGCCGUACUGAAUGUGGUGACCUCGACAGUCUCCAACAUGAUUCAAUCUGCCACGAGCGCAGCACCAGCCCAACAGUCUUCCGUUGAAAAUCUUUCUGCUGGUGAUCCGCUGAUGCUUACCCUCAUCAAAAAGGUCAUCCCAAGUCUUUUUAUACCGGCUUUAACGUCAAGUAGUGCGCAUAAUGGUUCGAGUCCGAGUAAUAUGACAAGCAUGCCUAAGCCUCGGUAUCCGUCCUGGCUCUCUGAUGUUAAAUUUCUCAUGACUUUGACCCCCUAUCCGACCAUCAACAAUAUGAUCAUUGACACCCUAGAAGGACAGCUCAUUACUCUACUGGUAGUGGUGGCUUUCAUACUUCUUUUUCUGAUCAGGGAAUGGGUCGUUCAGCAGCAGCCCAUGGCGAAUAUUGCCGAGGGUGAACGGGAGGCAGCUGUGCAAUUAAUUGCCAAUGCCAACAAUAUGAAUGAUGUUGUUCAGCCAGCACAACCAAAUCGCCCUCUGCCUCGUCCAAAUUUCGAAGCGAUACAGGAAGAGCAUGACGAGCUGCAGCCGCAGCCUCGUGCAGCCUCUCCAGCUCCUUCCUGGACUGAUUCCGACGAUGGUCUACCUAUCCUUCAUAGAACCCCCGACUCUAGUCAUGCAUCCGCCGCAGUUCAACACCCUGGUAAUGCUGAUCAACGUUUUGACAUCCGCGCGUCACAGUCGGAAUCUUCUUUUACCAACCCUGAUGUUACUGCAUUCAGAGACGUUCUAUCACGCUCCAACGGUGAUCGGGAUGAAAUGCUACGAAUAAUUCGCGAAGAAGGUCUCGAGGAGGAGUUGGGUUGGAUCGUGGCCGCAUUCACCUCGGGGCCCCAAGAUCAGAACGCAGUAGGGCCUUCGAAUCCAACAGAAAACAUCAAUGUUGACGAGAUAGUUCGAGCUCAUGAUGGGUUUACCCCACAUGGUGAUGACAUCAAUCUCGAACAGCCCACUUCAGAUGACCAAACUACCGACCGAUUACCCCGCCAGGAAUUGCCUACACGAGAUGAUACAACUUCUCAAGUUCCGCAAUCAGAUAACCAGCCGCCGAAGGCCCUUUUUGAACGAAUGGUGGAGUGGUUUUGGGGAGAUAUCACCCCAGGCGAGAAUCAUCCUGCGGAGGAAGUAUUGGCUGAUGAUGAACAUAUUGUUCAAGACCCAGCUCUGGAGGAUCCGUUUGUUCCUGUACCAAACCGGUUGGAAGAUCAACAGCCUGAAGGUGGUGUGGCAGCAGCAGCCGAAGCUGGUAUUGACCCCAACGAUAUGGAUGCUAUUGAAGGCGGCGAUGAUUUCGAAGGCAUCAUGGAUUUAAUUGGCAUGCAAGGCCCCAUCUUUGGUCUUUUACAAAAUGGCGUUUUCUGUGCUCUUCUCAUUGCCUUCACAGUUGCCAUUGGCAUUUGGCUGCCCUACCUAUGGGGAAAGAUUGCGCUGGUUUUGCUUGCAAACCCCUUGGAGCUUAUUGUUGGUGUCCCAAUGACAGCCGUCACUAUCGUGGCGGAUAUCGCCCUAGAUACUCUGAUUGGAGUGUUGGGCUACAUCAUGUACUGGGCAACCUUCAUUUGCAGAAUAGUAUUGAGUCCACUCGCUGCUUUUGUACCCCUUGGAGAAUGGAUCCCACGAGGUAAAUCUGUCACAAGUGCAUCUAUUUCUCUCAUCGACGCUAGCACCCACCGCUUGAACAAGGUUGUCAAAGCCUUCCUCGUUUUUCACGAAUCCGACAUCCCCAUGUUUUCUGUUCUUUCCCACCAGGCACUCAAGCUCCACCAGGCUCGACUCUCCACCAUCUUCAACUCAGCCUUCGCACUUGUGAAGUUUAUUCUCCACGAUUUUCCCCUGCGCCUGGUUACGCUCGGUGUCCCCAAGGCAUUCUCUUUCGACGUGGAUGUUUAUCAGAUUAAGACCUAUGCGGUUCAACUACAACAGCAUGUCGUGAACUUUACUCGAUCUCAGUUGUUUUCUAGCUCUGGCACGAAGCUGAUAAAUGCCAGUGCUGCGAAGGCAGCUUCGGGAUCCGUGGCAGCUGACUACGACCUUGCCGUGUGGGACACAAAGGACCGGGUCAUCGCCAUAUCCAUGGGGUACCUCCUUGCAACACUCAUGGGAUUCCUUUACUUAAGAGUCACUGGUUUCCUGGCCGGAGCCAAUCGUGGGCAACGUAUUGAUGGCAUUCUUGCAGAAGUAUUACUCCAGGCUGGAGGCGUAAUGAAGGUCAUUCUUAUCAUUGGGAUCGAGAUGAUUGCAUUCCCUCUCUACUGCGGUACACUUCUUGAUAUUGCAUUGUUGCCUCUUUUCUCCGAAGCGACAAUCAGUUCUCGACUUGCUUUCACAGCUGCAUCUCCACUCACCUCGCUCUUCGUGCACUGGUUCAUUGGAACUUGUUACAUGUUCCAUUUUGCAUUGUUUGUGUCUAUGUGCAGAAAGAUCCUGCGAACUGGCGUACUUUGUAAGCAGUCCUCGAUUCUUGGUGAUUGA